AUGCAUAAAGGUACGGAGGACAACAUGUUACCUUUCCAUCAUAUCCCUCCUCUCCACGUCGUUGAUGGAUCUAAAGGAACUAUAUCUUCUUCUGUUAUUCACUCUUUUGUGUUCUCUCUCUCUCUCUCUCUCUCUCUCCCACUUGCAUCGCUGCUUCAAAACGUCUUUGAGUCUAUGAAAAUUGGACAUCUCUCUGUCUCUCUCACUCACACACACACGGUCGCGUUCGCCCUCUCACUUUCUGAGUCUACUAAUCUAGGAUGUUUUUUUCACCCCUAUUUCUCACUCAAUCACUCUCUCUCUCUCUCUCUCUCUCUCUCUCUCUCUCUCUCUCUCUCUCUCUCUCUAAGUUUGCCUUUUUCGGAUACUAUUAUAAGUCUCUCUCUCUCUCCCUCUCUACGUCUGCGUUUUUCGGAUAACUGGAUUCGUUCUCUUUCUCUCUCUCCUAUUCUCUCUCUCUCUCUCUCUCCCUCUCUACGUCUGCGUUUUUCGGAUAACUGGAUUCGUUCUCUUUCUCUCUCUCUCCUAUUCUCUCUCUCUCUCUCUCUCCCUCUCUACGUCUGCGUUUUUCGGAUAACUGGAUUCGUUCUCUUUCUCUCUCUCCGAUUCUAUCUCUCUCUCUCUCCCUCUCUACGUCUGCGUUUUUUUCGGAUAACUUCUGGAUUCGUUCUCUUUCUCUCUCUCUCCCCUAUUCUCUCUCUCUCUCUCUCCCCUCUCUACAUCUGCUUCGUUCUCUUUCUCUCUCUCUCUCCCUAUUCUCUCUCUCUCUCUCUCUCCCUCUCUACAUCUGCGUUUUUCGGAAAACUGGAUUCGUUCUCUUUCUCUCUCUCUCUCCUAUUCUCUCUCUCUCACACACACACUCCCCCGCACUCUCAUUUUCUACAGAGUUGCGGUUCUUCGAAUACUGGAACCAUUCUCUCUCAUUCCCUCCAACUCUCUCUCUCUCUCUCUCUCUCUCUCUCUAAUGUUGGAAUCACCCUCUCUCUCUCUCCCACUCUCUCUCUCUUUCUCUUUUUAAUUCUCUCCCUCUCUCUCUCUCUAUACGUUGUUGUUAUUCUAGAAAAAAUCAAUCUGUCUCUUCGCAUAUUUUAUGCUUACCAAGAAAUCAAUACUAAAUGA